AUAUUAAAUGUGCAAGCACUUCCGUGCAGUGACAUUGUCAAUUCUGUGGUCUGAUAUACAUGUGUACAGUUAAUACAAAAACUGUAUGUGAUUGGCCGAACCCCUUUCAUGUUUAGUGGUAACAUGGCUGCACCUGGAGGACAUAUAUCAGUUUUAUAAAGGGAAGGAAUUCAAGGGAUACAGCGCAUAACUUUGGAAAGAUUCACCAUCAUUUAAUUGGAGCAAUUUACAUUAUCAUUCAUCAUAAAGAUAAUUUAUUUUUCCAAGAUGUCUAGAGGACAGAAGAAAAAGUUCUUAUAUUCUGGUCCGGUCAGAACAGAAAGUCCUGAAGAGGAUCAAUGGGACUUUGCCACUAAAAACAGAUCUCCAGCAACAAGUGGAGGUGGGUUUGACUUGGAUGAUGUCUGGAGCAUUAAGAAGAAUGUCCAUAUUGGCAAUGGGGCGCAGCGCAAUACAGAUAACUUAACACUAAAUGUCAGUAAGGGACAUUACUCAAGACAUGGUGUCAUCAAAGAUGAUGAGUUUUCUAAUACUCUGAAUGCAAUAAACACAUCUUCAAAUACAGGUACAGGUGGAGGCAGAUCAUGGAAUCAGCCCAACAAAUCCAAUUUCAGCUACAGUUACGCCCAACAACCAUCAGUGCCACCUAGUGGUCAAAUCUCACAACAGAUUGACAAAUCUCCCAAGCCACAGACUACAUUCCCCUCUAUAAGCCCUAUUGGGAGAAACAAUAACUCAAGGGAGUCGACCAAUAGUUUUGCUUCUUUUAACAGCCACAGUACAGGGGGCUCUGGUCCCUCUAUAAAACCAGGGGGCUCUGGCCAUACUAUAACACCAGGGGGCAGAGAUAACAGUAGACCUGGUGGGUUCUCAUACUCCCCACAUUGAGUGUCAUUUUAAUGACUACUGAUCUUAUGAUAGCUGUGAUAUAGGAAUGAAUACAGGAUGAUCUCAACAGCUUAUUGGCCAGGGUAGCUAAUGAUAUUUAGAAUAGCAUACUCUAGAAAAGCAAGCUGUACAAUAUUAGGCUCUACAAUAGCAAACUCUAGAAUGGUGUAC